AGGGUUCUUCACAAGCUCUGCAAGACCACGCUAAAAACAACUCCUUAGCGUGACUAAAUGCUCCAUGACAGGUCAACACUCCUCCCAACAAUUUCCCUAGGUCUGCGACAUCACCACCACCUCUUCUUCGUCUUCGUCUUCGUCCCUUAGCUUCAUUGCAAUUCAUGGAGUGAGGCGACCUCCCCUUUUUAACAUCCCCCAAAUAACACAAUCUACCAAACCAAACCCAGCGCAACAAGAACAACAACAAUGUCCUCAAAACCCUCCUCUCCCGCAGGCCUCACCCGCCUCUACCUCCUCGCCUACAAUGCCCUCAACUUCGCCCUUUGGACAACCUGCACCGUCACCGGUUUCCGUCUCGUCCUAGCCCAAGCCGUAACCUCCCCUGGCACGCUCAACCUGCCCUCUGUCUUCAAUGAGGUCUUCUCCCCCCUCCUGAUCACCACGCAGAGUCUCGCGGCCCUCGAAAUCCUGCACAGUCUCCUCGGCAUCGUGCGCGCCCCUUUCCUCACCACCGCAAUGCAGGUCGCAAGCCGGCUUUUUGUUGUGUGGGGCGUUCUGUUCCUGUUCCAUGAGCAAGGCGAUGGCCGUGGUGUUGUGGGAGGUCCUACUAGCGACGCAAAAUUCGGCGACUAUGCGUUCCUGGGUUGUUUGGCUGCUUGGGGUGUGACGGAGAUGAUUCGCUAUGGGUUUUUUGUCCUGCAGGUUUGGGGGAGUGGAGUGCCGGCUUGGUGGAAUUGGUUGAGAUAUAACACCUUUUAUGUUCUCUAUCCUAUUGGAAUCGCCAGUGAGUGUACUUUGGCGCUUGUGGCGCUGCCUAAUGCGGCCGCGUUGCACCCCUUGUACUGGGCGUUUAUUAUUGCGGUUCUGGCCAUCUAUGUUCCUGGGUCCUAUGUCAUGUAUACGCAUAUGAUGAAGCAGAAGCGGAAGUCCAACAAGAAGCAGCAGUAA